AUCCCUGCCUUUUCCUCUGUGCCACAAUCUUGCCGCCGUCGUUCCCGUCUGCGCACGUACAACAGUCUCAUCUUAACUGAAUUAUGAACACGAUCAAGGUCUCCUUAUCGCCUUCUCCCGGGUUUUGCGUCAAGUCCAUCGCGCUCAAGGCGGCUGUAUGCAAACUCACUCCUCCCCUCCGGGAACCCUCCUCCAAACUAGAUGGUCCUUCUGCCGUUUCUGCCACUAUCUCCAUCCCGAAGGGCGUAAAAAUAUUUGUGAACAUCGCCUGGGACCGCAACGUGCCCCCUCCACCAGAGGGUUCGGAGGAUGCCAUUCAGAGGGCAAUGACCGGGGAGGACGAGCCGGGCGAACAUAACGAGAAGGGAUGGUUCGUUCCCCUUGUGGUAUCUGACCCGCGUGAAGACCGCGACAAAGCGGGCAAACUUUCCGUUGUGUUUGACUGUCUGUUCCACUCCUCGCUCAAAUCUCGCGCUCUGAAGGAUCCCGAGUUCAAGACAUUUCUGAUCGAGCUUGCGUUUCAACGCAUAGAGGCUCAAUACGCCUUCGCGCUCUCCCGACAGGUCGGGACGCCCAACAUCAAAUUCAAGGGCGAGCUGCAUCCCCGCAUCGCCUUAAUACCGGCGGUGCUCUUCCCUGAGGGUCAUCCCGCGCGUAGCACUACCCCGCCCCGCACGCAAUCGCGCCCAAAACUCAUCGAAGAGCUCGAUGCUACUGUAGUAAAGUCUACAGAUGAGCAUCUUGCGGGCCCGAGUGCGUCAUCUCCUGUAUCCACCGAAGCGCGGGCGAUCCCAGAGUUAUCAUGGGCGAAAGAAGCAGACACUGUCAAAAUUGUCCUGCAGGUCCCCGACCUAACGCGUUCCCAUGUUCCCGCUGCAACGCUCGACCUCGAGCCCCGGCGGCUGAUGCUGGACGCACCUCCUCUGUAUGCUCUUGACUUGAACCUUGAUCUCUCCGAUGCGCAGAUCAGCGACGCUGCCAAGCUCUCCGAUGCAUCUGCCGCGCAGGCGCUGACACUUAAGCGUCAGCGAGACCUCGACGUCGACAAUGCCCGAGCCGAGUGGAGAGUUGGCGAGGGCAGAUUGGUCAUCUACGCGUGAGUUGUUGUCGCUGUGAGUGUUUCCAGGCAGUGUACGUUCCGUAGUUAUAGUAAGUGUACCGUACAUGGAUUAACGUAUCAUGAAGCAAACAUAGCGUGGGUAAUGAAAUCAUUCGAGUCCGA